AGAAUAAAGCCACGUGAACAAAUCUAAGCCGCAGUGACUAAUCUAGUGGCUGAGAUCAACCCAAAAACCCAGAAACCAUCUCCAAUAACCAACCACUGGUUCUUCUUUGUCAUCAUCUUCGCGCGCUUACGCGGAUUCUCUUCACGCACCAACAAAGGCGAAAAUGCCAGUAUCAGCUCCGUCUCCGCCUCGUCUUCAAUCUCCAUUCAUUCACCGUCCCAUCAAUUUCACUCCGUCUUCUUCCCGUUUUCUCUCGGCGAGAAACCUCCGGUCGCCGGCAACUUCUUAUCCCCGAAUCAAAGCAGAAGUCGAUACCAACACGGUAGUCGCAAUCUCUGUUGGAUUAGCGAGCGUCGCAUUAGGAAUCGGAAUCCCUGUGUUCUACGAGACACAAAUCGACAAUGCCGCUAAGCGAGAGAAUACCCAAGCUUGUUUUCCCUGCAAUGGAACCGGAGCUCAGAAAUGUAGAUUGUGUGUUGGAAGUGGUAAUGUGACCGUAGAGCUUGGUGGGGGAGAGAAGGAAGUGUCGAGCUGCAUCAACUGUGAUGGUGCUGGUUCCUUAACCUGCACUACUUGUCAAGGCUCUGGUGUUCAACCUCGAUACCUUGAUCGCAGGGAGUUCAAGGACGAUGACUAAAUUAUCUUGCACUAGAGAACCAGAUCCAAGAGUCUCUAUUUCUCCCCUCUCACGUUUCUUCAUUGUGUGUCUACAUUUGUACAAUACUGUUUUUUGUUCACCAAACAUGUGAGAAACCAUGACCUGGAUAUUGUAACAGUUGAAAGAAAAACAAACGACAGUUCAAUCAAAUGUUUCUUUUCUUGUAA